AUGUCAAACAAACAAUUAGUGAAGCCAAAAACAGAGACAAAGACAGAAAUAACCACCGAACAGUCUCAAAAAUUGCUCCAAACAAUGCUAACAAUGUCCUUUGGAUGUUUAGCCUUUCUUAGGGGCUUAUUUCCGGACGAUAUUUUUGUUGAUCAACGAUUCGUUCCAGAGAAAGUUGAGAAGAACUACAAUAAGCAAACUACGUCUCAAAACAACUCCAUCAAAAUCAAGACAUUAAUUAGAGGUAAAUCGUCUCAAGUAGACUUAUUGUUAGAUUGGUUAGAGAAAGGUGUUUUCAAAUCGAUUCGUUUGAAGUGUUUAAAGGCGCUAUCACUAGGCAUAUUUUUAGAAGAUCCCACCGAUCUCUUAGAGAAUUAUAUCUUUAGUUUUGAUUAUGACGAAGCGAAUAAUGUUAAUAUCAAUGUAGAUUUAGGUAACGAUAGAAAGGAAGACAAUAACGCUGGAGCUGAAAAAGAAACAAUUUCUUUAUUAGAUUCGAGAAAGAUGGUUCAACAAUUAAUGAGACGAUUUAUUAUCAUCACACAAUCCUUGGAACCUCUACCUCAAAAAAAGUUUCUCACCAUGAGGUUGAUGUUUAAUGAUAACGUCAAUGAAGAUUACCAACCGGAAUUGUUCAAAGACGCGACUUUUGACAAAAGAGCAACAUUGAGGGUUCCGUCAAAUUUAGAUAGUGACGUCUUUGAUGUAGGUACUCUAAACACAAAACAUCAUAAAGUGGCUCUUUCAGUUUUGUCGACGGCGACAUCUACUAUGGAAAGGGCUGAAGGCACGAAUUUUAUUAGAGUAGACCCUUUUGAAGUAAUUUUACAACAACAAGAGCAAAAUCAACGAAAAGAACAUAUUCCUGCAAAACCCCAGAAUUUCGUUACCAGUCAAACAACCAAUGUACUUGGAAACCUUCUAAACUCAUCACAGGCAAGUAUACAACCGACCCAAUAUGUCUCAAAUAACCCUGCCACCUCUCAUUGUAGUUGCGAAUGCGGAUUAGAAGUUCCCAAAGCAGCUACUGUUUUGAAAACUUGUAAAAGUUGCCGAAAAACGUUACACGGUAUCUGUUAUGGCAAUUUUCUACAUUCUUCAAUUGAAAAAUGUUUUUCUUGCAUUUAUGGCCCUUCCUUAGAUAUCACAUGGUCUAAGUUUCAAGACCUCAUGAUGAUCAGAAAAGUUUUUAGGUUCCUCGUCAGAAAAAAGAAAGGUUUCCCAGCAUCCAUAACAGAACUGAUUGAUAGUUUUAUUAAUCCUGAAGAUCAGAAUAACGAAUUAAAAGAAAGAGUUGCGUUCGCACUAUUCGUAUUUUUCCUGGACGAAACACUAUGUCUUGAUAAUGGGGGUAAACCUAGUCAAACAAUUAGGUAUGUUACGAGCUCUGUACUUGUCGAUAUAAAAGGAGUUGUUACACCCAGUAAUACAAAUGAACUGAAAAUAAAUCACGAAUAUUUAUGGCAUUUCACUACCAGUUCACCCAAAGCUGAAAGCUUUUAUCAAGAGGUUUUGCCUAAUUCGAGAAAACAAGUAGAGUCAUGGUUGCAAGAUGUCACUAACCUGAGAAAAAUAUAUGCUGACGCUCUUUCUCCGUCUUCAACUUUGAAAGAGCUCGACCUUAAUUCAAGUCUUCCAACACAAGACCCAAUAAUUACUUGUCAAAAGAGAAAACAUCAUAACCUUAAUGAGUACCUGCAGGACGAAAAAAGCUCGGUUAUUAAUGAUACGAUGAUGACAAGAGACAAUGAAGAAAAAAUGCCAGCAAAGAUUCGCAAAAUUAGUGUCUCAAAAAAAACCCUGAAAAGUAAUUGGUAG